AUGGAUGGCCUCUCUAUUGCCGGGAGUGUCACCGGCCUAGUCUCUCUUGGCAUUCAAGUGACUCAAACGCUUGUCGACUUCUAUUCAGCGUACAAAGACCAAAACUCAGAUAUCGCCUACGCCUUGAGAAAAUUGUCGAAUCUUGGCGGAGUGCUCGAGAGUCUGCGCGAACAAACCAGCCGCACAUUCCAUGUUGACGAAAAGAAGUUACUGAGCAGCAUUGAAGAUUCGGUGAAUGGCUGCGAGCUACUCAUCAAAGAGCUGCAACAUGAGACAGAGAAAUUCGAGAGAACCGGAAGUACCCAAGUCGCUGCUCGCACAGCUGCUUACAAAGCGACUUAUCCCUUCCGACGAAGCACACUACUUAAGCUAGAGGAAAACAUCGACGAGACCGUGGCUCACCUGUCGCUAGCACUUCAGGUACUAGGGCAGAAACAAAACAGCUCCGUCCAAGACCACAUUGAGGAAACAAAAGAAUUACUGGCGCUGAUUCGCUCCGACCAGUUAUCGUCGACAAUCCGAAAGUGGUUGAAGGCUCCUGAUACAAGUAGCAACUACAACCAAGCUUGCGCGAAAUGCCAUGUAGGAACGGGGCUUUGGUUUGUCAAAGGUGCCAUGUUCGCCUCAUGGCUUACGGACCGCAACUCAUGCAUAUGGCUCACUGGAUUUGCUGGAUGCGGAAAAUCAGUACUUUGUUCUACCGCUAUACGGCACGUCUAUCGACACCGAAGGUCCAGUCAGAAAAUAGGGAUCUCAUUCUUCUUCUUCGCUUUUGAUGACGAUUCCAAGCAAGAUGCCUCAUCUAUGCUUCGUGCACUUAUACUACAACUCUCUAGCCAAUUAAGUGGCGAAAACAAGUCUCUAUCCCACUUACAUGACACCUAUAGCCCUUCGAUCCCUCCUAAUCAAGCCCUCUUAGACUGCUUGCGCCAAACAAUCAAGGCUUUUGAUGAUGUUUAUAUCAUGUUGGACGCACUGGAUGAGAGCCCUCGAGAUAAGCAUCGAAUGGACGUGCUUCAAGCGUUAGUAGAUGUCUUGGAAUGGCAGGAGCCUGGUCUUCAUAUUCUCAUCACGAGUCGUGACGAAAUCGACAUACGUGAGGGGCUGAAUAUUCGACAGUCCCAGGUAUUGCUCUUGAAAAACAAAUCCAUUGACAACGACAUUGCAUCAUUCGUCUCGAAACGGCUCCGGGAUAGCAAAAGGAUUGCUAUUCAAAAGUGGGCAGAGCAUUUUGAUCAGAUAGAAACCGCACUUACGAACGGUGCGAACGGCGUAUUCCGCUGGGUAGAAUGCCAGUUCUCAGCACUCGAGUCUUGCCCCAAGUCCAAACGCCAGCUUGAUCGGCUAUUGACAUCAUUGCCACGAUCCCUAGACAAAACGUAUGAACGAAUGCUUCUCAACAUCGACAAGGAAUGCAUUGAGGACGCAAGGCGUGUCCUGUCCCUAGUGGCCUGCGCCAAAAGACCACUGACGGUUCUAGAAAUAAUUGAAGCUCUCGCAGUAGAGCUUGGUGACGCACCAAAACUGAACCCAGAUGGUAGGCUUCUCGACGGAGAUGAAAUCUUUCGUCUAUGUCCAGGCUUUCUUGAAUUGGUCGCCUCCAGUUACAGGGGAGAGACCACCGUGCGGAUCUCGCAUUUCUCGGUCCAAGAAUACCUCGAGUCGAAGCGAAUGCAUCCAAUAGUAGCAAAGUUCCAAGUACACAGACCAGAUGCUCAUGCUGAGAUAGCCUCGAUCUGUCUGACGUACCUAAUGGACCUCAAAGCAUCAAAUGAUAACAGUUUGACUCAAUAUCCGCUGAGAGAUUACUCCACGGAAGCUUGGCAUCAACAUUAUCGCGAUGCAGACAACAACCUACAUCAGGUCGAGUACCAAGUCCGGAAAUUUUUUCAACUUCCAGCAAGCGUCUCCAAGGCUUGGGCUAGAGACUAUUCAAAAAGUGAGAGGCUGGUUUCCCCUGUGUUUUAUGCCUCCUACCUCGGCCUGACAUCACUUCUAUCGCAUCUGCUUGAAGAACGGCGAUCUAUUUGCUCCGUGUAUCGCAAGACGUUACCGGAAAUUGAUACUUAUAUCAAUGCACACAAUGGGCGACACGGUACAGCGCUGCAGGCAGCAUCAGAACAAGGUCACGAAGCAGCAGUUAGGAUGUUGCUUCGAGAAGGCGCCAAUGUCAACGCCGUCAAUCCACAACAUUCAAUUUACCGUCGUGCCUUUCGCUCCAGGACGGUGUACAUAGCCAGUCUUUACGCAACUGCUUUGGAGGCUGCAUCGGCAGAAGGACAUGAAGAAGUCGUGAGACAACUGCUUAAUCACGGUGCCAGGAUAGACAUCAUGGAACAGAGUGCGUUGUACAUGGCGUCCAAAAAUGGCCAUGAGGCAAUAGUUCAGUUGCUACUACGAAAAGGCAUUGAGGCCGACGCAGCAGGGAGAUUUAGUAAAUCCCCUCUCGAGGCAGCAUCGUCUGGAGGGCACCAAGGGGUAAUGCAGCUACUUCUGGAUCAUGGAGCCAACAUUAACGCAGCAAGCAAGGAUCGGCAAAACAUGAACGGGCAAAGCGCUCUAGGGGCUGCAUCUUCGCGAGGCCUGGAAGCAACGAUCCAAUUCCUUCUCGAAAGAGGGGCCGACGUCAACGCAAACAGAGGAAUAGCAUUAGAGGAGGCGCUAAAGAGGGGUCAUGAGGGUGCUGCCUGGCUCCUUCUCGACAAGGGGGCCAGAAUCGACAUACAAGACCAAAGCGUACUGGCCUUGGCAUCCGAGGGUGGCCACGAAGCGUUAGUUCGUACAUUGCUUGACAAAGGAGUUGAUAUCGAUGGAGAAGAGGGCGAUGGCAGGCCUUUGCAGACCGCUUUGAGAAAGGGCCAUGAAGCAAUCGCAGUAUUGCUUCUUGAAAGGGGGGCCAAUGUCAACGCACAGGGUGAAUAUGAUGCAACCGCGUUGCGAACUGCUGCGGAAAGAGGUAACAAAGGAAUGAUGCAACUACUGCUUGAUAAAGGAGCAAACGUCAAUGCACCAAUCGGUGGGUGGUUCGCCGAAACCACCCUUGACAUAGCGCUGAAGAAGGGAGACCCAGCAAUCAUUCAGCUCCUCCUCGAUAACGGAGUUAAUAUCAAUACUCCCGAUGGGAGUGCCUUGCGGGAGGCAUGUCGUAGGGGCGACAAGGCUCUGGUCAAGUUAUUGAUUGAUAAAGGAGCGCGUAUCAGUGGGAUGGGCGGUUUUACACCGUUGGAGGUGGCGUCAGAACAGGGACACGACGAAAUCGUCCAGCUACUUCUCGACUGUGGAGCUGAUGUCAAUGUAGAAGGCGGUGCCCUGGAUGCAGCAUCAUCACGAGGUCACGAAGCCAUAGUCCGGUUGCUCCUUAGAAAUGGAGCCAAAGUCAACAUUCGAGAUAAAUUACUUCCUGGGGCGCUGUACAUGGCAUCAUACAAGGGCCAUGAGGUAAUAGUCCGGCUUCUCCUUGACGCAGGAGCCGAGAUUAACGCUUUACACUUCUCCGGGAGAACUUCUCUACAUGUAGCAUCGCAAGAAGGUCAUGAAGCAAUAGUUCGGCUACUCCUUGCCCGAGGUAUUGAAAUCAACGCGAAGACUCAACAUGGGGAAACUGCGGUGGGGGAAGCUAUAGCGGGGGGGCACAGAGCCAUAGCUGAACUACUUCUCAGCGAGGGGGCCAACAUCGACCUGAACGAUAAAGACGAUAGGUUAGUAUUGAUAAAUGCAUCACGGCAUGGAUACAAGACAAUUGUUGGAUAUCUCCUUAGCAGCAGGCCUGCUAACAACGCGCAAUUACCUGAUCUGUUGGGUGAUGCCCUGCGCGCAGCAUCGGAGAACGGCCACCAAGAGAUAGUUCAGCAGCUCAUUGAAAAUGGGGCUGAUGCUAAUCUUGAAAGUGGUCUGGAUCGUCUGACUUCCCUGGCCGCUGCUUCAGCAGCCGGCCAUGAAGCAAUAGUCCGACUCCUACUCGACAAUGGAGCUAACAUCAAUCAAGGAAAAGAAACCGCGCUAGAAACAGCAGCAAAAAAGGGCCGCCCGGAAAUAGUCCAGCUCCUCCUCAGCAAAGGGGCUAAGAUUGACACACAAGUGGGAAACAACACUCUCUGCUACGCUUGUUCAAGGGGACACGAAGAAAUAGUCAGGUUACUCCUCGAUAAAGGGGCUGACCUCAAUGCGCGUAGCAAUCGCGAUGGUCGCGGUGCAUUGGACGUAGCACUGGCUGCAGGCCACACUGCAGUAGUUCGGGUACUUAUUGACAGAGGCGUUGAUAUCAAUAUCGGAUAUCCUGCUAUUCGAUCUCCUGAAGAUGGUUACUCGGAGAAGGUUCAGGUGCUCCUAGAUGCGAUUGCAAUAAGAUAUAACCGAUAG